ACUUUCUUAAAAUCUAGCUUAUAGUAUAAGUAAUAAAUAGUUGAAAUUUAUAAAAUUAAUUAAAGCUACAAUGCACCAUGAAGUCGUAAAACAAAUCGUUUCUAUUACAUAGGAUUUUUUCAGGAAACAUGAAGUUAUUUCAUUUCUAUAGACAAGCCUUUUGUAUAUUUUUAUUAGCACAAUCAUUAUUUAUAGCUGUUAGGUCAAUUAGCAUAGCGACGAUAGUACCACCGAAAGUAAACCGAGUUCUUCAAAGAGCAAACAUAAGUGACGUUAAUUUACUUAUUAAUGGAUCCAGAAGAAUCAUAAAUGGAGAAGAAUCUGGGAACAGCAGACCCUAUAUGGUAUAUUUAAAACUUCCAUCGAGCAAUGUUAAGUUUAACAACUAUCGGCACUGGCUCUGCGGGGGCGUGAUCAUACACGACGAGUACAUUCUCACAUCAGCCGCUUGUAUUGAAGAUGCGAAACAUUUUUAUGUUGUAUCUGGGACACAUAGGCAUAACGAAGAAGACGAUCGUCAUAACAACGAUUGUGUAAAAAACGGGGCAAAGAAAGCAGUUUGGAAAUGUAUUCCACGAAAUUACGUAUUCGAUGGGCACGAGAAUGACAACAUAAGAUGGAUGAACAACGAUAUAGCUAUCGUCAAAGUUGAAGACGAAUUUGAUUUUACAAGACGAAUACGGGGAUGUGACUUUAUACCAAAACCAAUUUGUUAUAAUAACCAAAGCAGUACAUAUGAAAAUCCUGACAACAGAGCCAUCAUAGCUGGAUGGGGUACCACAGAGAAAUACAAUGAUUGGGUUAAUCGGCGCAGUCAAUCAAUUACUCAAGAACUUUUGGAAACAACUGUGGUAUUGAUUUCAAAGAAGCAUUGCAAACGACGUUGGGGCUCUCGUUACCACAAUAUCAUCGACAACUAUAUGAUUUGUUCCAAGGACAUAAAUACAGAACUAAGUGAUGUUUGCAAUGAUAAAUACGUAGAAUGCACAGAUAUAAUGUAUUCCGAUGAAGAUGAAGGAACACGUCGAAUACUUAACCCUGAGAAACUAGUUCUACAUUCAGCCUUCCACAAUGAAUCUGGGAGGAGACAAACAUCUGGCGGUGGCUUCUGUGAGAAUGACCACGGUGGUCCAUUAAUCUAUGGAGAAGGUUCAAAUGCUAUGGUUAUUGGGAUCAUAUCAGCUUGUCUCGUCAAAGAGCGCACGAACAAGUGCUACGGGCCGUUCCUCUACACCAGCGUCUAUAAGAAUAGAGUGCUCAUAAAUUGUGCCAUUUAUAAAGAUGUCAGAGGCGAUUGUUCAAAAUUGUUUCGAUCCAGCAAGUCAUACAGAGAAGAACAUAUGAACUGGUCAGAUCACCCCGACGGGCCAGCUAUGCAUGAAGUAGCCAAAAUGAGAAGAAUACGAGCAAAUUCAAGAACCGCAGCUUUAGAAACAAUGAAGUAUGAAAACAGUACCCUGGGAACAUUUUAUGAUCAUGCGGAAAUGAGAUUAGAAAAUACAAAUAUAAGUUCUACGAAAUAAAUUGACGCAAUAAUUUU